AUGAUUUUCGCUCUAGUCUUUGUCUGCACGCGCGUGUCGCAAAUUACGACCCUCAUCAUCAUGAUGGGCAUGCUCUCCUGGUUCGUCGACAAAUUCGUCACCGCCAACGUCCUGGCCCCGACCUCGAUCCUCAUCCUCUUCAUCGUCUCCGUCCUGGCCCUCGCCUGGGCCCUCUUCACCCUCUUCAGCUACCACCGCUCCUCGGCCAACGCCUUCUUCGUCUGCCUCAUCGACAUUGCCAUUGUCGGCGCCCUCAUCGCCGGCAUCUACUACCUGCGCAACAUCCGCUCCGCCGAGUGCGCCAGCGACCCGAGCCUCCCCCACCGCUGGACCAGCCAGCUCGGCGGCAACUUUACCGCCCUGACCUGGAGCUACGAGGGGCCCUGCCACAUGCUCAAGGCCAUCUGGGCAUUUGCCAUCAUCAACUGCAUCCUCUUUGCGUGGACCGCCUUUGCCGCGUUUAUGCACGGCGACCACUUCAGCGCCGUCGACGAGCGCCGCAUCAGGCAGCGUUACCACACGAGCCGGCACAGCCAGCGCCACCGCAGCCGUUCUCGCUCCAACGGCUCCCAUUACAGCCACCACAGCCGUCACUCGCGCCGGGUCUAUGUCUAA